AUGGCGGUUGGUUCUCUCUUUGUUGAGGGCCGUGGCGGCGGAUCGGCGGAGUUUCCGUACAAGUUAACAUGGCAUGUAAUUAUGACGGCCAUUGCUGCUGCCAUGGGUGGCCUCAUCUUCGGUUACGAUAUCGGAAUUUCAGGUGGCGUGACUUCAAUGAAUCCCUUUUUGAAGAAAUUCUUCCCAUCAGUGUACCAGAAGGAGGCGUUGGAUCAUUCCACUAGCCAGUAUUGCAAAUUUGACAACCAAAUCUUGACAUUGUUCACUUCUUCCCUCUACUUGGCCGCCCUCGUCUCAUCGUUUUUCGGGUCGUGGGUGACCAAGAAAUUUGGCCGGAAACUAACCAUGGCUUCCGGUUCCAUCGUUUUCUUGGUCGGCGCGGCCUUAAACGCCGCUGCUUUCCACGUUAGCAUGCUCAUUGUUGGUCGUAUUCUUUUGGGCAUUGGUGUGGGUUUUGCCAAUCAGUCUGUCCCGAUUUAUCUGUCUGAAAUUACUCCACCAAGGAUUCGAGGAAGAUUCAAUGUGUGUUUCCAAUUGUUCAUCACAGUUGGAAUCUUAGCAGCAAAUAUUGUGAAUUAUUUCACAGGUAAAUACAUGCCAGAAGAAGGAUGGAGGGUUAGCUUAGGAUUGGCUGCGGUUCCAGCCAUUCUAAUGUUACUUCCAAGUCUUUUUUUCCUCAAAGACAGCCCGAAUUCUCUCCUCGAUAGAGGUAAAGAAGAGGAGGCCAAAGCAGUGCUCAAACAAGUCCGAGGAAUCGAAAAUGUCGAGGACGAGUUUGCUGACAUUGUUCGUGCCAGUAUUGAGUCGAAAGAAGUCAAGAACUCUUGGGAAAACUUUGUGAAGAGGCAGUACAGGCCUCAGUUUUGCAUGUCCUUAUUGAUUCCCUUUUUCCAGCAAUUUACCGGGAUUAAUGUGGUCAUGUUUUACGCUCCGGUGCUGUUUAAGACGCUCGGAUUCGGCGGUAACGCGUCUCUCAUGUCUGCCCUAAUCACUGGCAUUGUCAAUAUGGCCGCUACUUUCGUCUCCGUCUAUGGUACUGAUAAAUGGGGACGAAAGCCUUUGUUCUUAAUUGGUGGAUGCUUUAUGAUCAUUUUCCAGGGUUUGGUUGCAGUUUUGAUAGGGAUCAGAUCAGCUGCACAAAGUGUGACUCUUGGGACGAUUGUUCUUGUUGGUUGCACUGGAAAUGGCAAGAGCGCUACGGGAAACAGCAUCCUAGGAACCAAGGCAUUUAAAUCAAUGUCAAAUUUCGAUGGUGUGACUACUACUUGUGAAUUGCAGAGAACUAUUUUGGAAGAUGGCCAAAUUCUGAAUGUAAUUGACACACCUGGGCUGUUUGAUUACACGUCAAGUCCUGAGAUGAUUGCCAAAGAGAUUGCAAGAUGCAUCCGCAUGGCAAAAGAUGGUAUCCAUGCGGUUCUCAUUGUCGUGUCACUCAAAGCGCGAUUCACUAAAGAACAAGCAGCUGCUGUUGAGACACUUCAGAACUUUUUUGGAAGCAAGAUUGGUAAGUACAUGAUUGUUGUUUUUACUGGAGGCGAUGAUCUUGAAGAGGAUGAAACAAUUGAUGAUCGCUUAACUGGUGGCUGUCCUGAGGCUUUAAAGGAAAUGCUUGAGAAGUGUGGAAACCGAAGAGUUGUCUUCGAUAACCGGACAAAAGAUGCAAGGAAGAAAGAAGAACAGCUUCAAGAACUUCUUUUUCUUGUUGACGAGGUUGUGGUGAAAAAUGAAGGGAAACCCUACACUGAUGAGUUGUUUGAUGAGUUUAAGAAAGGUGUAUCGAUGCUUCGUGAUCAUGCUGCAGAGGUGAAUUCCUUGGCAGUGGACUCGAAGCAGGAAAUAGAAGAGUGGAAGGAGCAGAAUCGCAAAGCAUCAGAAGAGCUGAUGCAGCUAAUGACUGCAAUGGUGAAUGCAAAACUCGAGGAGACAACUCGAAGACUUGAACAACAACUUGCAGAGAAAUUGGCGGAGUCAAAUGAGGAGAUUUUGAAGCUGAAAGUGGAUUUGGAGAGGGCCGAAAUGGAGGUUAAGGAACAGAUGAAGUCAAAUGAGGAGAUUUUGAAGUUGAAAGAGGAUUUGGAGAGAGCCCACAUGGAGGCUAAGGAGCAGAUGAAACAACAUUUAGAGAGAGUCCAAAGGGAGAAAGAGGAAUGCGCAAGAUUAGAGAAGGAACCCAAGGGUGUGAUCCAACGAUUAAGGGAACAAUUGGAACGCGCCCAAAGGGAAGCUGCAGAGAAGGAGGACAAAACUCUCUUCCAAAAGUGUAUAAUGUUGUAAUCAUUGUUAGUUUUUUACCAGGUAUGAGGUAUUAAUAUUAUGAUGUGAGAGUGACUGACUGAUACGAUUUCUUUAUUAUCUGUAAGGAUUUUGUGGU